AUUGACUUUUGUCGGCUAUAGAAUUGGUUCCCGAGAAACGAGACUGAGGCAUCUUGGGUACUUGACUCCAAGCCCUGCUCGACCUCCUUCCAAGGCGCUGGCAUUUUGCCUGCUGGAGCUUGAUCCUUCGCCUACCAGGUGAACCUCUGACUGAUCAUCUCUCACAAUAUGUCAACUUCAGUCCAACCCUCCACAUUCCUGCUGGUCCGACAUACGCUAGCCCUCUGCAUUCUCGUCUUGCUAGCAAAUGCUGGACUCUUUCUCGCCGUACUUAUCAAACCAUUCUCCGAAAAGACAGCAUGGGAGCUAGCAUGUUGGACUGCGUAUCAAUUCUGGUCAUACAUGCAGCGACAUUGGGAGAACACACUGAAUGCGAAGGACUGUCUGACUAUCACUGGAGACAAGAUCCCAGAGAAUGAAUCAGCAGUGGUCAUAUCCAACCACCUUUCUUACGCCGACUUUUAUCUCGUCCUUGGGCUAGCGGAACGAGCGGGCAUGAUGGGUCGUUCGAGAUUCUUCGUCAAGAAGGAGAUUGUUUGGCAGAUACCACUCUUCGGAAUCUCAUUCUGGGCUAUCGGUACGCCGUCUCUCUCGAGUGCUGAGCUGAUCACAGGGAUGAUUCUUGUAUCGCGAAAUUGGACAAAUGACGAGCGUCUGAUUGAAGAUGCUUUCGCUCGAAUCAAGCAGAACAAACACAAUGCAUGGAUAGUCUUGUACCCAGAGGGCACGAGGCGGACCUCGAAGAAGGUUCUUGAGUCUCAAGCGUUUGCUAGGGAGAAAGGCAAAUCAGAGCUCCUGAACGUCCUGUUACCGAGGACGAAAGGAUUCAUUAGCACCAUCAAAGGUCUCCGAGACUCCCACGUCAAACACCUGUACGAUUUCACCUUUCUCUACACUUCGCCUGGAAAAGUCGACCGCGUUCCGACCAUGGCAGAACAGCUAUCUUGCCCUGACCUCGCUGCUGCAGGCUACAAAUUCCAAGUCGACGUCAAGCGGAUACCGAUAGACUGCCUUCCAAAGGAUGACGAGGGUCUACAGCGAUGGUGCGAAGACCGGUGGAAAUGCAAGGACGAGCUGUUGAGCGAGAUGAAGGCGAGGUAGAUGAUAGUGGUCGAGGGUCAAUGGGUCUGAGUCUGGGACAUCGACGUGCGACGCCGCGCCCCGCGCCCCAGCGGGAUGACUUGCAUUCUAAUCGUCGUCCGAAUCCGAGU